AUGGCGUCUUUCUUCGGCUUGGUUCAACGCAUGCGUCAGGCGUUCAAUCCGCCCGAAGCACCCAAAACUGCCGAUGCUCUCAAGUUUGGCAUCCUGGGAGCUGCAAGCAUUGCUCCCGUCGCAUUUAUCACGCCCGCCAAAUCGCAUCCAGAGGUUAUCGUUCAGGGCGUUGCAGCGCGCGAUAAGGACAGGGCAAUAGCCUUUGCCAAGAAGCAUGGCAUCCCCCAAGUCUUUGACAACUACCAAGCCAUCCUCGACGACCCUUCCAUCGAUGCAGUCUACAUCCCACUCCCCAAUGGACUACACUACGAGUGGGCCCUCAAGGCCAUCGCCAAGGGGAAGCAUGUCUUGCUGGAGAAACCAGCCACGUCCAAUGCCUCGGAGGCCGAGUCUCUCUUCCGCCAUCCUCUCCUCAAGCAGCCCAAUGCACCUGUCGUGAUGGAGGCUUUCCACUAUCGCUUCCAGCCUACAUGGCAGUACUUCCUGUCCCUCGUGGACAGGCCGAAUCUAUCUCACGUGUAUUCCGUGGUGAGAUUGCCGUCUGUCUUCCUCGACAAGAAUGACAUCCGCUUCAAGUACGAACUUGCCGGUGGCACAGUCAUGGAUCUCGGCACCUACCAGCUCUCCGUCCUGCGUGGAGUCACUGGUGCGGAGCCGGAGGAGUGCCUCGAGUGCACACUCAGGAAGUGUCCUCCACCAAACGAGCUCUGCGAUUCUGCCGUCAAGGCCAAGUUCAGAUUUCCCGGAGGAAUCGUUGGAGAAGCGGAGGCCGACCUGCAGGCCGGGUGGAAAUUGACAGUGCCCCGAGUCGAGGUCACUCACAACCCCGUCCCCGUGCCCGAUGAUCAACUGCCAGCCGAACAGGAGAAGACACGGGCCCGCAAGUUGAAACUGCACAACUACAUGGUUUCCGGCUUCUGGCAUCGCAUUGACCUCGAGGACGAAUUCGUGUUGCGCGAGAAGAGCAGCGGCAACGUCAUCAAGCGAUGGACGACCACCGAGUCCAAGAAGAUCUACACUUUCCGCGAUGCUGGCAUCCUCGACCAGCCAAGCGAGCCGUACUGGUUGUCGUACCGCCAUCAGCUCGAACAGUUUAUCAACCGUGUCCGCGGCCGUCAGGGCUCUGGUCUCUAUGUCGAGAACGAAGACACCAUCUCCCAGAUGAAAAUGGUGGACAUGGUGUACGAGAAGUCGGAUCUGCCCCUGCGACCGACUAGCAAAUUUGAGUUGAGCGGCUGA